ACAGUUGCACGGCCCCUGUCCCCGCCCAUUGCUGCCCGUCACUGUUACUGCGCCUCCUCCUGCCAUAGAGAGACGGAAGCGGAAGGGCCGCUGUGUGUGUAGUUGGGUCUCCCUUGUCACUGUGUAUAUUAUUAUUCCUUAUUACUAGCCGGGAAAUGGCUGCCUCGCUGCCUUCACAGUUCAAGUCCCUGCAGCAUCACCUGAGGACCGCACAGGAGCAUGAUAAGCGGGACCCGGUGGUGGCUUAUUACUGUCGCUUGUAUGCCAUGCAAACUGGAAUGAAAAUUGAUAGUAAAAGUCCAGAGUGUCGCAAAUUUCUGUCAAAACUUAUGGAUCAGCUGGAAACUCUGAAGAAGCAGCUGGGCGACUGUGACUCCAUUACUCAGGAAAUAGUUGGCAGUGCCCAUAUAGAGAAUUAUGCACUGAAAAUGUUCCUGUAUGCAGACAAUGAGGACAGAGCUGGCAGGUUCCAUAAAAAUAUGAUAAAGUCUUUCUACACAGCUAGUCUUCUGCUUGACACGUUAAGUGUGUUUGGUGAACUCACUGAAGAGAAUGUUCAGCAUAGGAAAUAUGCUAGAUGGAAAGCUACAUAUAUUCAUAAUUGUCUCAAGAAUGGGGAGACUCCUGAAGCUGGGCCUAUCGGAUGGGAAGGAGAAGAAUACAACGAAGAUGAUGAUCAGGGAACCUUUUCUAUGAGCAAUGAAGCUCCUGAGAGGACAGGCUCCACUUACCAACCUGGUAGUAUGCCGACUUCUAACUACAGCGGAAUCCAGAUUCCUCCUGGGGCACACGCCCCGGCCAACACUCCAGCAGAGAUUCCACACAGCACAGGUGUAGCGAGCAAUACCACUACACAUCCAACUUCGCAAAAUAUACCUGCUGUAGACCCAUCUCUGUACAGUGCACAAAAACAAGGUGAGGCUAAUUUGACACCUGAAGAUUUUGCCAAGGCACAGAAAUACUGCAAAUACGCUGGUAGUGCGUUACAGUAUGAGGAUGUGAACACUGCAGUGCAGAACCUCCAGAAAGCCUUGAAGUUGCUCACUACUGGCAGAGAAUGAUGCAACCACUGGUUCUCUUCUUGGGCUUCAAAAACACAACUCUUUUCAGUGAUUCCACAUGUAGAAAAUGCCCUUCUUGUGGUCAAACACAAAGAUGAAGAUAUAACACUCAAUCCUCCAAUAGCAUUUGUUAUUUUUUGAUCAUCCCAGAUAUCAUUUGAGGAGGCGAUACAUUAAAAAGUCCUUGCUAUGUUUACAUGUGUGGUUUAUGUUUCUUUAUAAUCUCUGCAAAAUAAAUGUUCAUUUUCUGA